UAACAAGUAGUUUCAGCUACUAGUUUCAGAUUUAUUUUGAAAAUGGGUUCUGUACUUGCAAUAAGUAAUUUUUUUUGUGAUGCGACAAGGACAUUAAUAAGGAAACUUAAGACCAUCUUUCAACAUCUUUGCAAAUGCCGCUAUUUAAAAUGUCUUUAUUAUUAUGCAGUGGUUGAAAACAUGUCAGAACAUAUGUCCUCAAGUGAAAGCCACGAGUUUGAACAAAUAAGAGUCCUAACUCUAAACAGAGGGGAACAUCUCGACGGUAUAUUAUACAGAUUAAAAAAAGGAUGGAGAGUAGAAUUUCGCUUAGGUGCUUCUCUUCUUGGGAAAGUACUUGAUCUGUUUAUAAAUUAUCCUUUAGGAGGAAAUCAAAAAUUUGAAAGACACACAUAUUAUCCAUUAGAAUGGAAUAAUGAAACAGCUAAUAUAUGCCUAUCUUUGGCUGGUUCAUUCCAUUACUAUCUCACAGAUCCUAAUUCUGAAAGUUUAAAACCUAUUGCCUCUGGAUAUCUAUUGGUGGAUCCAGAACUUAAAGUAGGAGAACAUGAAAAUGAUCUACCAUUAGAUUGUAUUCAGUGUCAAACUGUUCUGGCAAAAUGUUUAGGACCUUUUUCUACUUGGGAAGAUAAGCUACUAGUAGCUAAAAAUUCUGGAUAUAAUGUGAUUCACUUUACACCCAUUCAGGAAUUGGGAUAUUCUAAGUCAUCUUAUAGUCUUAGUGAUCAAUUGAAAUUGAAUCCUUCCUUUGAUAAUGAUAAUAAACCAAUUACAUAUGAUGAUGUUGAAGGACUGAUUAAUAAAAUUCGUAAUGAAUGGAAUAUGUUGAGCAUGUGUGAUAUUGUUUUAAAUCAUACAGCAAAUGAAAGUCCUUUUUUAGUAUCCCAUCCAGAAUGUACAUAUAAUUGUUUAAAUAGUCCUCAUUUACGUCCUGCAUAUAUUUUGGAUGCUGCACUAUUCGAAUUGACAGUCCAAGUAGCAGCUGGAGAAUGGGAAUUUAAAGGUAUUCCCUUGAUAGUUGAAACCGAAGAACAUUUAAAUUCAAUUCGCCAUGCACUGCAUACAUAUUUUCUGCCGCUUGUGAAAAUACACGAAUUAUACAUUAUAGACAUCAAUGAAACCAUUGCUGAAUUCUUGAAUUUAGCACGAAAUCAAAUGCCUCAAGACUCUAUUGAACCAAUAUUGGAAGAUAUUAAAAUAAUACAAGAUUCGAAAUUCCGUAGAUUAAAAGCAACUAUAAAUAUGCAACUUGCUUUACAAAAAUAUAAUGUAUAUAGAGCUGAUUGUUUUGAUGAAGAAACUCGUUUGAAACGUUGUGCCGAAGAUUUAAGAAAGAAAUUACAAGAACUAAAUAACGUAAUCAUUAACGAAGUUCAAAAUCAUUUAAAUGCUGCAGUUGAGAAUACAAUUGCUGGUAUAAGAUAUUUUAGAGUACAAUCUGAUGGACCAAAAUUGAAAGAAAUAAGCGAAAGAAAUCCACUUGUUCCAAGGUAUUUUACCGAUUAUGGAGCGCCUCAAACAUUGGCUGAAAGAGAAGCAACAAUGUACUCAGAUGCAGGAUGUUAUCUUAUGGCUCAUAAUGGAUGGGUGAUGAAUGGUGAUCCUUUAAAAAAUUUUGCAGAUCCUGAUUCUAAUGUUUACAUAAGACGAGAACUAAUUGCUUGGGGUGAUAGUGUCAAAUUAAGAUAUGGUGAUAAGCCAGAAGAUUGUCCCUUUCUAUGGCAGCAUAUGACUACCUAUGUUGAACAAACAGCUAAAAUUUUUGACGGUAUUCGUCUAGACAAUUGUCAUUCAACACCUAUUCCAGUAGCAGAGUAUAUGCUUGAUGUUGCCCGUCAAGUCCGUCCAGAUUUAUACGUUGUUGCUGAAUUAUUUACAAACUCUGAUCAAAAAGAUAAUAUAUUUGUUAAUCGACUUGGUAUCACUUCUUUAAUUCGAGAAGCUAUGUCUGCAUGGGAUAGUCAUGAAGAAGGUCGACUAGUAUACCGAUACGGAGGCGAACCAGUCGGUGCAUUCUUGCAACCACGUAAACGGCCUUUAGUACCAAGCAUAGCACAUGCUCUUUUCUUAGACUUAACUCAUGAUAAUCCCAGUCCUGUGGAAAAACGUAGCGUAUUUGAUUUACUUCCAAGUGCAGCUCUUGUAUCAAUGGCAGCGUGUGCUAGUGGCAGCAAUCGUGGAUAUGAUGAACUAGUUCCUCAUCAUGUAAAUUUGGUUUAUUAAAAAUAUUUCAAUUAUAGUAAAUAUUUAGCUUGGACAGAUGAUGAAUGUUUGGUAGAUGGUGUCAAACUUGUAGGUUUUAAAACUGGCAUAAUUGCGGCAAAGAAAGCAUUAAAUGAUUUACAUUAUACCCUUGGACAACAAAAGUUUUCCCAAGUAUUUGUCGACCAAAUAGACAGUGAUAUAGUAGCUGUAACAAGGCACUCUCCGAUAACUCACGAUAGUGUAAUUUUAGUUGCUUUUACGGCUUUCAAACAUCCUGAUCCCAAUGCUAAUGAUUUGAAAAGACACGUGAAACCAUUACGAAUAGAAGGUGUGAUGGAAGAAAUUAUUUUAGAAGCAUCCUUAUCUCAUGUAGGAGUAAAAAAUGGUACAUCGCCAUUCCAUUAUCCCGAAAAAUAUGAACAAGAAGAAAAUUAUAUAAAUGGUCUAUCAGAAUAUAUUAUAAAUCUUCAAGAACAUAUACAAAUUUGUGACUCAGACAUAUUGGAGAAAGUUGAUUCUGGUGAUCCUAAAAUAACUCAGCUUAAUUUUGUAAAUUUUCAACCAGGUUCUGUUGUUGCUAUUCGAGUAUCUCUUCAUGCUAACAUAAAACCUGCUCUUGCAAAACUUCAUAAUACUAUUUCAGUAAUCACAUCACAGAAAAGUUCAGAUAUACGUGUUAUUGCUUCCCGUAUGGAUUUAGUAGAUUUAAAUAAGGCCUUAUAUCGAUGCGAUCAGGAAGAACGUGAUGAAACUUCCAAUAGAUUUGGAGUGUACGAUAUUCCUGGUUACGGACCUCUGGUCUAUGCAGGAUUGCAAGGCAUCAUUUCUUUGUUAGCGGAUAUUCGCCCCAAUAAUGAUCUUGGUCAUCCAAUGUGUACUAAUCUCAGGCAGGGUAAUUGGCUAAUAGAUUAUACCUGGCAAAGACUAAAAGAAGAUGAUGGAACUAGAGCACUUGGAGAAUGGCUUGAAGAAGCUAUUGAACCAUUUAAAUUAAUACCUCGCUAUUUAGUGCCUAGCUAUUUCGACGUUAUAGUUGUAAACGUUUAUAUGAUUCUACUUGAGCAAUGUUAUAGUUUAAUGUCAAGCUUCGUAAACGAUGGUUCCACUUUCAUCAAGAUUCUAUCUCUGAUUUCAAUACAAAUGGGAGGAACGGUGAGAUCAGCACCAUUACCAGAUUUGUCUCCAAAUAUAGACGUUCCUAAACCAAAAAUCAAACAAUACAAUGGUGAAAGUGAACAAAUAUGUAUGACACUGUCUGCUGGUUUACCACAUUUUACAACAGGUUAUAUGAGGAACUGGGGAAGAGACACGUUCAUUGCUUUAAGAGGACUACUUGUACUAACAGGAAGAUACACCGAAGCACGAUUUAUUAUUCUUGCUUAUGCUGGAACUUUACGACAUGGCCUUAUACCAAAUUUACUUGAUAAAGGAAAAAAUGCUAGAUACAAUUGUCGAGAUGCUUCGUGGUGGUGGUUGUAUACAAUUCAAUGUUAUAUACAAGAAGUACCCAAUGGUUUAAAAAUUUUAACAGACAAAGUUUCAAGAUUGUUUCCAACCGAUGAUUCUCCACCAUUACCCGCAGGACAAGUGGAACAACCACUCCACGAUGUUAUUCAAGAAGCUCUCCUAGUACAUUUUCAAGGACUUUGCUUUAGAGAAAGAAAUGCUGGAAGACAAAUUGAUGAACAUAUGACUGAUCGUGGUUUUAACAAUCAAAUUGGAGUACAUCCAGAGACAGGAUUUAUAUUUGGUGGAAAUGAUGCAAAUUGUGGCACAUGGAUGGACAAAAUGGGAUCCUCUGAAAAGGCUGGUAAUAAAGGAAAACCUGCUACUCCAAGGGAUGGUUCAGCUGUAGAAAUAGUAGGACUCAGCAAGAGUAUCCUUAGCUUUUUGGCUGAGUUGUACAAGCAAAAUCUUUUCCCUUAUGGUAGCGUGCAAAGAAAAAACCGUGAUGGAUCUGUUGUAACAUGGAGUUAUAAACAAUGGGCAGAUAAGAUUUCAUUAAAUUUUGAGAAAUACUUUUACAUCGACGAAACACCAUCAGAGGAAGAAUUAAAGCCAGAACUUAUUCACCGUCGUGGAAUUUUUAAAGAUAGUCAUGGAGCAACGCAAGCAUGGGCUGAUUAUCAACUGCGACCUAAUUUUCCAAUUGCAAUGGUUGUUGCACCAGAAUUGUUUAAUCCUGAACAUGCAUGGAUGGCAUUAAAGAAAGCAGAAGACAUUUUACUAGGACCACUUGGAAUGAAAACAUUAGAUCCUGCUGAUUGGGCAUACAAUGGAUAUUAUGAUAAUUCUAAUGACAGUGGAGAUACUAAGUUAGCUCAUGGUUGGAAUUAUCAUCAAGGACCUGAAUGGGUUUGGCCCAUGGGAUAUUUCCUUCGAGCUCGUUUGUAUUUUGCUCCCUUGGUUGGAGGAAAAGAAGAAUUACACCGCACGAUCGAAUCAACCGAAGUCAUUAUUUCUCGACAUUUCAUAGAAGCAUCGACGAAUCAUUGGAGAGGUCUUCCUGAACUUACUAAUAAAGGUGGAGAAUAUUGCAAAGAUAGUUGUAGAACACAAGCUUGGAGCGCUUCUUCUAUACUAGAGGUUCUUUACGACUUACAUAAAAUCAAACGGGAGUUACGUUCUGAGGAGACUGAAAGAACAAAUUGAUACAAUUUUGCGUGUGUUCACCACCGCCAAUUACACUUAGAACAUUUGCGAUUAGAAAAAGAACGUAGUAUUAGAGAUAAAGAUCACGAUGACAAAUGGCACAUAUUUAACACAGCUAUAGAAACACCAAGCACGGAGACACACGCAUUUGGUAUUCCGCACAUAGAUAAAACCAGUAUGCCACCGUGCAAAUUUAUAAAUGCUGACAUGAUAUCAACCAGUGAUGCUUUCUUCUCAAUUCAAGAACUUAAAGAAAACAGAAAUGAGAAAGAUAUUAAACAUGAUUAUGCAUCUCCUACUAUUAUUAGCAAUUUAGAAACAAUUGAAACUAUAUCAGAUACUACGGAAUUGUCCAUGAUAUCCGACAGUGAACUUCAUAAAUCAAAACAACUUACAUAUAAAACGGAAUCUUUAAAAUAUUUGUGUAAACCUUUUAAUAAAUUUAAGAGUGACAUGGCUGAUGGAACUAGUACGAAACAGAAUACGGAAGAAAGUAAUGAAAUUAUAAAAUACUCGUCAAAAGUAGAUCAUGUUUAUGAAGAGGUCAAUGCUCUUGAAUGUGAUAUUAUGGAUUACUAUGAAAAGUAUAGCCCUACAACGGCAAAGACUUUGAUAAAUACACUUUAUCUUCCUCGACAUAAAAUUUGUAAGCAAUGUGCCAAUUUACAAGGCAGUCCAGUAUAUUCUGAUCAUUUAAUAUAUGCAAAAAAACCACUACGUGCGAGAGAAGUUCAUUUGUUUCAACAAAACGAUAUUUUAUGCUUUAGAUAUUGCUCAGACGAUGGUAAACGUGACAAUACACUAUUUUUGCAAUACGACAAUGUUCAGCAUUGCUUAUUAGUUCAUAAUUACUUAAAAACUAAUGCAUCUAGUAUAUUCUAUUCAUACGGUUCACCGCGUGAUAUAUUUGAUUUAAAAGAAACACUGAAGCCAAAUGUUCUUCUCACAAGUAGUGAUACAAAGAAAGUAGGAAAUACAGAGUUAUAUCAUCGUUAUGCAAGUAACUUUUAUACAAGAAUAUCAAAUAGUGGUAUUUUACCUACAGCGUUUCGCAUGAAUCACAAUAACAUUUUGAGCUCCAUAAAACACAUUGGUUAUGAUACUGAUCUACAAAACUGGAUGAAUUACCGUAAUGAUUUUCGUUCACAUAGUCUCAAACAAGAUGAUGUGAUCGAACAUCGCGCGAAUAGGUCCAGCUUGUUAUUGUUGGAACCUCUACUGUUAAUGCCAGAAUUAGGAAAUUCUAGAUAUAGGCACGGAAAAAAUCGUAUUUCACAAUCAGAACACGUAAAAAUAGUAAAAAUAGUGAUUGCCUAUACUCUUUCUUUCUUUAUUUUAGCAACAAUCACAUUUUAUAUAGUUUAUUUCACUUAA